AUGGACAUCCUGAAUCUGUGGAAUGACGACCCAGAGGAGCUGCUGUUGGACCUGGGUUUUGGCUGCGAUGAACCCGAUCUCUCUGGUCGCAUCCCAGCUCGCUUCAUCAACCAUCAGUCUCAGGCAAGAGGGAUAAACCUGCAGGUGUUUCUGGAAGCCCAGAAGAACCGACUGGACCUGGAGAACCCAGAUGUCAGCAAUCGCUUCAGACAGCUGGAGGUGCUUCAGCAGGUCACCACAGCCUUCUCCUCGUUAGUGUCAUCAGACUUACCCGCUGAGGCUCGGGAAAGGAGGAAGCGUGUGGGAAUGCUGUUCCGGCGAGCGUCCAAGAGGUCACUGAGCCAAAUCCACAACCACACCACCCAGGAAGAGGUGGGUCUCAAUCCUCUGGAGGAGGAGGAGCAAGGACCUGGACCCUACUCAGACCAGGAGUCCAGGAUCCAGGAGGGAGCGCUCAGAGCUGGGACCGAGCCCAGUGUCAGGAAGAGCCCCCGCCAGGCCAGGGAGUCCUUUGAAAUGGAAGAGGUCCACAGUUUCGAUGAAAGCAGUGUCACAGGGAGUUUCACAGGAUGGGCAGAUUCUGUGCGUGGCGUGGUUCGGGCCAACAGCGUCCAGUCCGACAGCAGUGGUUUCCUGGAAGAGCCCUUCAUCCCAUCACUUCCACCAGAGGCCUCACCAAGACCAGCUUUAAUCAAGGUGCUGUUGGGCCGGUCUGGAGGCGUCACCGACGGCGACGGGCCAGCGGUCCCCCCUCAGAGCUCCUCCUCUACUCCCCCUCCAUCAUCUGCUGAUGACAGUGCUGUCCUUUCACCCCCUUUCCUCAUGAAACCUGACAGUUCAGACAUGGACUCACAGCCAGAUCUGGAUCCCCUGGCUUCACCUGCUUGUUUGUUUGAUCCAGUCUACGUGGACCAUGGUCCUGAUUCUUCCACUCCACAGUUCCAGACCACAUCUGUCUCUGAUCCUGCAUCCUCUACUUCUGUAGAUCCUCCAUAUUGUCCAUUACAACCUGCCUCUGUGACUGCAGCUGCAGAGGACGUUCAACCACAGGACAAGGACACCUCACCCCCUGUCCCCCCCCCUGUCCCCCCCACUUCAUCCCCUGUCCCCCCCACUUCAUCCCCUGUCCCCCCCACCUCACCCCUUGUCCCCCCCACUUCACCCCCUGUCCCCCCCACUUCAUCCCCUGUCCCCCCCACCUCACCCCUUGUCCCCCCCACUUCACCCCCUGUCCCCCCCACUUCAUCCCCUGUCCCCCCCACCUCACCCCUUGUCCCCCCCACUUCACCCCCUGUCCCCCCCACCUCACCCCCUGUCCCCCCCACUUCACCCCCUGUCCCCCCCACUUCAUCCCCUGUCCCCCCCACCUCACCCCCUGUCCCCCCCACUUCACCCCCUGCCCCCCCCACUCGUUCCUUUGACUCUGACAGAACAUCUUCCACUGGGUCUCAGAGUGUCUCUAUUUCCACCGGAUCACCUCCAACCUCUGCUUCAGCUGCUGCACAGUCUGACUCCACCUGUCGGAACCAAGGAGGUAAACCCCCCCAGGAAGACCCAAACUCAGACGGCAGUUCAACUGUCGUCCCCUACUCCCCUUUAGUUCCAUCGACCUCGUCGGCUGAGUCUCCAAUACAGAGCCUUGAGGAACUCCCUACCCCACAUUCUGAUGCAAAAAUGGAAAAGAAAGCAGCACCUUCUUCCUCUUCUUCUAAUUUCCAGGGGACAGAGCCCUCCUGCGUCUACUUAGAUUCUUCUAAAUUUGAUCCUCUCGUUCCACUGUGCAAAUCAACGUCGUUAGCCUCUGAUAGUACAGAUGUUGUGAUUGAUCCGGCUGUUGAGCCGUCCUUGUGUCAACAAGACGAAUCUGUCUCUCCUGUCCACGAUGGUGUUCAUGUAGAGGCGUAUGUUCUGUCUGACUCGAAGGAACGCCUUCAAAGGAAUGAAAACCAGGAAGACAAGAGGCACAGUGACCCAGCACAGACACAAACGGACAUUUACAGUUUAAAGACAGAAAGUUCUGCAGGUCUGACAGAAAGUUCUAGGUUAGUCUCGGAGGAAGAAUAUCAUAAGAGAGAGACAGAUCCACAAAUCCCCUCUGAUACGUGUGAGGAGCUUUUGACGGAAACCAAACAGAAAGAAUCCAGUGAAGUCUUUCAAGUGGACAUAGAUCGCAAAGAUAAUGAAUAUAAUCAAAGUUCUUCCGUUUCAUCUGAGAAGGUGUCAGAGGCACCAAAGGUGUCUGAUCUGGUUGAGAUUGAGAGCUUGGACCAGGUGUUUGAAACCUCUGUGGACGGUUCAGAAGGUGAAUAUGGAGAUGUGGAGGCCUUUUUUCAGGAGCUGGACUCUGCGGGUCACGCAUACUGGGCUGAACCGGUCCAGGUUUCUGAUGUGACCCCUCAGUCGGAAAGCUUUGAGGCCUUAGAUGAUGCUCCUGGAAAUCCUUUGUUUUCCAGAUUUGACGCUUCUCUAGAUGCAGAUUCAUUAACAGACAAAGCCACAGUGAAACCUUCAUCAUCCUCAGCAUCUGAGGACGUGGACCAUGGAGCAGCUGUGAAGACCCACACUGUCCACUCAGACUCACUGACCUCCACAACCCCUGAGCACAAGCCACCCAACCAUUCCGUCUCGGUCCAGAUGUCUUCCUGUCCGUCUUCUCAUAUUGUACAAAGGAAGGACGUUCCCUUCAUAAAUGACUCAAAGCACACAGCCGUCCCCGCUCGUCUCCGCUUGGACACCUCCACUCCUUUUCGUGCUGUGCAAUCAUGGACAGAUCUACGCAUUCACCAGAAGACUCGCACAAAUAAGCGAUCACAUGGUGCUUCCCACACGUUCCCAGACACAGUGACCGUGUCCACAGGCGCUUUAGAACUUACACAAACACCAGCCAGGAUGUCUUUGUCCUCUCCGUCCGUCCCUCUGUUGUCCGAUGAUUGGCAGUCAAAUUACUGUCCACCUGGAAUAACUAGAAGUUACCCAACACUGUCCAUGUCUGUGGACACUGGCCUGUGGCCUCAUGAAGAAGGGAAAGUGGAAAGGAGCGGAAAAGACGAUGAGGAGCGACUGUGGCGGGACGAUGGGAGAGGAGAAGCGUCCCUGUGCUGCUGUGAUCGUCAGUGCAUCUGCUGCACUCACAACACUUACAACAGACAACAGCCUCUGCUCAGCAUCCCAUAUUCUCUGCAUGAGUUGGAGGAGAUGAUUCUGUGUCUGCAGCAGUUUCGGUCGGUGCUUUCCACCAUGGAGGACCAGCUGUCGGAGGACCAGGCUGCAGUCUACAGCGCACUCACAGACCAGGACAGGGAGAAGAUUCAAGACAUAGAGGAGCUGAGGGAAGCCAUCAAACAGGAGGCUGCAGAGCUGGAGCUGCAGCUCAGUGAACUGGCCCAUCACUACGACGACAACUUGAAAAUGAAGAUGCAGAAGCUGUUGGAUGAACAGUCUCUGCUCUGCUCUCAGCUCAGAGUCGUCCCCCCCAGUCCCGUCCACAGAUCGUCUAGCCCCGCCCACUGCAGGACAGUAGCCACUCAGUGCUGUCUGCUGCCCUGGCCCCUAUUGGCCGAUACCCAGAGAAGCCACAUCUCUGCCUGGGGCACCUGGGACGUAGGCUCCGCCCCCCACCUGCCUCAUCAGACUGCAGGUUUCUGUCCAGGCCUGGGCAGUCCUCCUGCAAAGGCAGACAAGAUAGACCUAGUUGGAUUCCUACACAGACUGAAGGAGUCUCUUCGUCAUUCUGUGAACACAGACUCAAUGGAAUAAAAGAUGUUGUUGUCAGCACCACCGACAUAAACCCGAGAGGAAGAGCCGUAGAAUUUAGACCGACUGUUGAUGUUUUUGGUGGAUUUACAUCAGAAUUUGCGCCGUGUUCAGCUCCGUCCACACCCCAACGCUCCUGCUGUUUUUCUUUAGUGGAUUCAAACAGUUUGUCGUCCAUACACGUAUGGUUUCCAUAAAUAUCUGCGUCCAGGUGGAAACGCUCCAACUGGGUUAAAUGGUGUCAUACGUACGCCACGCCCAUAUGUGGCGCUGUCCACAAACACAGACAGAGCCUGUGACAGGAUGCACUCAAACCACAGAAGAAUGCACUGAGCAUGUGCAGGAGGUUCCGUCCGGGGUUUGGGGACCCGUUCUCCAAAAAUACCACUUCAGGCACCUACGAUGCCAGUGUCAUGUGACCAAAGGACGAAACCAUGUGGAACUGUAGUGGACUGACAUCGUUUCAUUGAACAUUUUGGUAAAGUAUGACCGGCAUGGUAACUAUGGCAACAGUAAGCAUGAGAUGUCAACACAGGCAUUAUUAUUUUUGUCAUUUUUGUCUGUUUAAUGUUAUGUUAACCCUGUAAAACCUGAGCCAUCAGAAACUAGAGGCAAAAUUAGAAUCUUCUGGAACUGUGAUGUUUCUUAGAGCUUUUAACACAGGGGUGUCAAACACGCGGUCCGGGGGCCAAACCCCACCCACCAAACACUCCAAUCUGGUCCAUGGGAUGAAUUUGUGAAAUGCAAAAAUUACACUGAAA